GGGUACUCACCCCCCCACCCAACAUACAAUUAUUUCACUUCUUAUCUCUCUGCAUACUACCCAAACCCUACUUUUCUUCAUCUAAAGCCAUUUUCGAUAAUACCUUUCCCAAUAUCUUUGAUUUAAUCAUGUCCGUCAUGUUUUCAUGUAUGUCGUAUAGAUCUUCCCGUUAUUGAUUGGAAGUAGAAAAACUAAUUGUUCAAAACAACCUAUAGUCUCAUGGUUUCGAACAAAAAACUGGCCAACGCCGUUGGGGGAAAAACGGCAAGAGCAUGUGAUAAUUGCAUACGAAAGCGUGCCAGAUGGUACUGCACCGCAGACGAUGCUUUCUUGUGCCAAUCUUGCGACUCUUCUGUCCACUCGGCUAAUCCGUUGGCGCGUAGACACCAAAGGGUUCGCCUCCAAACCGCGUCCUCUCCAGAGAAGUUCGCUCCUACUUGGGACAAGGGGUUCACCAAAAAAGCUCGAACGCCGCGAAAUGGAAAGAGGACUGCUAACCAGAAUCUAAAAUCCGAAGAAAGCGUCCUUUCUUCGGAUCCGUUGGUCCCAGAGUUGGGCGACGGCGAGAAUUCGAACGAGGAAAACUACGAAGAACAGCUUGUUUACAGGGUUCCCACGCUCGAUCCUUUCGAGACUAGUGGCGAUGGUGUCGGAAGUGAAUAUGGUGAUCAUGACGAUCAUGGUAACAAUUUACACGGGUUGUUUGUUCCUUCCGAAAUGGAGCUGGCGGAGUUUGCCGCAGAUGUCGAGAACUUGUUGGGAUUCGAAGAGGAGUCGUUUGGUAUGGAGGUGCUGGGGCUGUCGGAACAUUCUAAAGAGAGGGACAUAGGGAAGGGUUGUUUGGAUGCGGAAAGAGUGAAGGUUGAAGAUGAAGAGGGAGAUGUUAUGGAGAACCAUGAUUAUGGUAUGGCGAUGGAACCGUUUGAAUUCAACUUUGAUUAUGAUUCGUCUGCGAUGUGCGAGGAGGAAGAAGCGAAUAUUAAGGUGAGAGAUAGAGUGAGAAAUAUGGAGGGCGAAGGAGGUGAGUUUGGUGAUGUGAAGAAGAAGAAGAAGAUGAAAUUGUUGAGGCUUGAUUAUAAGGGGGUUAUGAUGGCAUGGGACAGCCAAAAGUCACCCUGGACCGGCGGAGAUCGGCCGGAGCUCGACCCUAGCGAGUGUUGGCCUCAUUGCAUGGGUAGCUGCGGAUCGAUACACCAUGACCCAUUCGGAGGUAUAACAGGAGGAAUUGGUGGCGGAUAUAGUGCAUUAAUGACGGAUGGAGGGAGAGAGGCAAGAGUGUCAAGGUACAGAGAAAAGCGGCGUACGAGGCUGUUCUCAAAGAAAAUAAGGUACGAGGUUCGGAAAUUGAAUGCGGAGAAGAGGCCCAGAAUGAAAGGGAGGUUCGUCAAGAGAGUCGGUUUAGUUGCUGGACCUGCUGCUUUUCCCAUGCAAAAUGGUUAAAACCACCCUAGCUAAUAGCUAAGUUAACUUGCAUGUUAACUUUUGUUGCGUAAAGUUGGACCUUCGUGAGGCUAUGUACAUACCAAGCAGUAAAUAGAAUAAAAAGCUCGAUGAAAAAGCUCACUUGACACUA